AUGAAAUUCUUCAAUCCAAUGCUCUCCAAGGACGGCCUCAUCAAGGUUGGUGGUCGUAUUCAAGACUCCAACUCUCCCGAAGGAAUGAAGCAUCCAAUCAUCAUCUCGAGUAAACACCGACUGGCACACCUGCUUGCUGAUCACUACCACCGAACUCUAAUGCACGCCGGACCGCAGCUGAUGACGACCACCAUCAGACAGAAGUUCUGGAUUCUACGAGGCAGAGAUUUAUUGCGUCAAGUGUACCACCAGUGCCAUACCUGCUUCCGUAGAAAACCGGUAUUGAUCCAGCAAGCAACAGCAGAUUUACCUAACUCCAGAGUGACACCGUCGCGGCCAUUUUCAGUCUCCGGUGUCGACUAUUGCGGCCCGAUCCUCUUACGUGGUCCACACCGUAGAGCAGGACCAGUCAAAGCAUACAUCGCUUUAUUCGUGUGCUUCUCAACGCGGGCCGUACAUCUGGAGCUCGUCAGCGAUCUCUCCACAGCAGCAUUCCUGGCUGCUCUGAAGCGGUUCAUAGCACGACGUGGCAAGGUCUGUGAACUUCAUUCAGACAAUGCUACAAACUUUAAAGGAGCCGCCAACGAGCUGCAUCAUCUCUUUAAAAUGCUUAAAACGGACGACAGCAGCCGAAAACUCAUUUUCGACUGGUGCGCUAAUGCAGAAAUCAGGUGGAAAUUCAUUCCACCGCGCGCACCUCACUUUGGUGGUCUGUGGGAGGCGGCGGUGAAAUCGGCGAAGAGUCAUCUUCUGAAGGAAGUGGGUAAUACAACCGUCACCCACGAAGAAAUGCUGACCCUGCUCGCCCAGGUCGAAAUGUGCCUCAACUCACGGCCCAUAACUGAGAUGUCCAAUGACCCAACGGAUCUAGAGGCUCUUACACCGGGUCAUUUCCUAGUCGGUUCGAACCUGCAAUCGAUUCCAGAAGCCGACUACAAGCAAUUACCAGACAACAAGCUCAACCGUUGGCAGCUGAUGCAAAAACGACUCCAGGCAAUUUGGAAGCGCUGGAGCACCGAGUAUUUACAGCAGCUGCAAGCCCGUUCAUCAAAAGGCAUCAAACCUCCCGUUGACAUCCGAGUGGGCCGACUAGUCAUCAUUAAGGACGACAACCUUCCCCCAGCCCAGUGGAUGUUGGGUCGCAUAACGAAGAUUCAUCCCGCUCAUGAUGGUAUCGUUAGAGUCGUCACCUUGAAGACGGCAUCUGCAGACAAUGUUGUCCGUCCUGUCGUCAAACUUUCACUUCUUCCAAUGCCAUCAAACGUGAACGACGUUGAGAAUCCAGCCGGUCCCUAUGAUGGUAACCGAACUCGCAAUGAGCAGCCCAUCAAUCACCCAAUAUCUUGGACCGCAGUCAGUUCAUCGAUUCGUACGCAGCAGUGUCCGUAUAGUAAUUAA